ACUAGAAAGAGAGAGAGGAAACUGAAGUCUGGUAAAACAGUGAGGGCCAGACGGAAGAGAAGAAGCUUUUCUUUUUUCACUUUGCUUUUACAAAAGCACCCAUUCAUCUCUCUCUUAUUCUUCUUCUCACUUGUUCCCAUUCUUCAUCUCUCUCUCUCUCUCUCUCUCUCAACAACUUUACUGGUUAAGUACUACUAUUGUUCUUCAUUUCAAGAACAAAAAUAAUAUCAUGUUUUAUUCAUCUGCAUAAUUUCCUCAGUAAUAUGCCUAUAUUUGGUGAAAUGCCUAUGUACUCCCUGUGAAAGAAGACUGUUGAUAAUAAAACUUGUCAAAUGACAAAGGUCAGUCCAGAAUUUGUAGAUGAGCCUCGGAUGCAGACAGUUCAGUCAGUAUCAACAGAUGUGAGCUUAGCCAAUAACCAGUUUCCAAAAUAUAAGCUAGGACCCAACUUUGAGGUUCUACAGGAGACAAAGGAGGAUGAUAAAGGCCCGCCUUUAAAGGAGGUAGUCGAGGAAGAAACAACUCGUCUGACCGAGCAGCACAACCGCCUUUCUGUUCGUGACCUUGCUAGCAAAUUUGACAAGAAUUUGGCAGCUGCAGCUAAAUUGUCUAAUGAGGCUAAAAUUAGAGAGGUACCUUCCCUCGAGGGACAUGUCCUUUUGAAGAAGCUCAGAGAUUCAUUAGAAUUUCUCAAAGGAAGAUUGACCGGACUAAACAAAGAGGACAUUGAAAUUGCUAUAUCAUUGGUGGAAGCUUUGGCAGUAAAGUUGACACAAAAUGAGGGAGAGCUGAUUCAAGAGAAGUUUGAAGUGAAAAAGCUUGUGAACUUUCUCAAGCAGGCCUCAGAGGAUGCUAAAAGAUUGGUUAACCAAGAAAGAUCUUUUGCUUGUGCUGAAAUUGAGAGUGCCAGAUCAGUCGUGCAAAGAAUUGGAGAGGCUCUUGACGAAGAAGAAAGGAAUUCCCCAACUUCAGCAAAGCAGGAAGUAGAGGGACUGCUGGAAGAGGUUCAAGAAGCUAGAAGAAUAAAACUGUUGCAUCAGCCUAGUAAGGUGAUGGACAUGGAACAUGAACUGAGGGCUUUGAGAAUCCAGAUUAGGGAGAAGUCUACUGUUUCAAUUAAGCUUCAGAAAGAGCUAGCAAUGAGCAGACGAGCUGGGCAAAACAAAUCUGAAUUUUAUGAGUUCACUGGUUCUGAAACGUUAGGCUGUAUUUUAAGAAUCCAGUCAUGUUCAGAUGAAGCCAUAGAUAUUUCAAAAUGUUCAAUUCAGUGGUAUCGCUUAUCAUCUGAAUGCAGUAGAAGGGAACCUAUUGUAGGUGCGGACAAAUUUGUUUAUGCUCCUGAACCCAUUGAUGUCGGGAGACUUUUAGAAGCUGAUAUAGUUUCAAAUGGCCAAAAAGUCUCAUUGACAACUACUGCUCCUAUAGAUCCAGCUUCUGGAUUGGGGAGCUAUGUCGAGACACUUUUGCGGAAGUCAAACGUUGAAUUCAGUGUGGUAAUUGCACAGAUGAAUGGACGGAACUAUUCAUCACGUUCUGCACACUGCUUUCAUGUCGGGAAAACGAAGCUGAAAUUGGGCAAAGGAUGGAUUACAAAAGCUAGAGAUUCAUACUCUGGGUCUAUGCAGCUAUGUGGAUUUAGAGGAGGAGGAAAUUCUGCAGCAAAGUCAUUGUUUUGGCAACCAAGGAAAGGACAUUCCUUUGUGUUAGUAUUUGAAUCAGAGAAAGAAAGAAAUGGCGCCCUUAUGGUAGCUCGAAAAUAUGCCAUUGACUGCAAUGUAAUUCUUGCUGGACCUGAUGAUGAUGCUUUGCUUUAGACAUAUACUUACUGAUGAGAGUGUCACUUAGAGUUAUUUUAUUUUUGGUGAGUAUAGUUAGGUUUCUUCUCUCUAAAUGUGAGUGUUCGAUUUCUUAUAAUAUUCGUGUGUGCACUAGUAAUGAGACAUGUCUUCCUGAUUGUAAUUCUUUUUCCCACUAAUUAGUUGCAUCCUCCCUAGGCAAUGUUCUUUUUUUUUCAGGUUUGCCUGAUUAUGGGUUGUAACAAAUUCUACUAAUUGAUUGGUCCAUUUGCAUUUUAAUGAAAUUUAUUUUUACUAUA